AUGGCCUCAAUCCGUUCCCAGGGCGCAGCUAGGCUCCUGCGGUCGGCUGUCGCACCCUCCGUCUCCCCCGUUCGCUUCAAGACAACUACUGCCGCCGCCGCUGCUGCUGCUCCCAACUCGGCUACGACGCCUGUGCCUACUGGUCCUUCCGAGUCCAGCCAGCCAGACUACUCCAUCGCUCCCGACAAAGCUACGUCGACCUACACCCCUGUCCCGAAGCGUAUCCAGGAUGGUACAGAGGACGUCGUCCCUGCAGCCGUCACAUCUGGUGCACCAUUGGAGCUCCAAGCUCGCACCGUCCGCAUCUACAAGGAAGCCAAACCCGCCACCCAAUCUGGCUCCUUCCGCAGCACCCACUGGCGCAUGGACUGGGACAUUCUCCCCAAGGGUCACAGGUGGGAGAACCCUCUGAUGGGAUGGCAGUCGUCUGGCGACUUCAUGCAGGGCACCAACAUCCACUUCAACACCAAGGAGGCCGCCAUUCGCUUCGCUGAGAGGCAAGGCUACGAGUACUUUGUCCAGGAACCCAAAGAGCGCAACUUUGGUGUCAAGGCCUACGCCAACAACUUUCUCUACUCGGAGAGAAAGCUCAAGCACAUCAGGACCAAGUAA